AUGGAACAAAGUGCUGGUGAUCGUACAGCCCCAAAAUCAGUAUUACGUAUAGAAUGGAUUUAUGGGUAUCGUGCUGCAGGUUGUCGAAGCAACAUUCAUGUAACAGCCUCAGGUGAAAUUGUUUAUUUCUCAGCUGGCGUGGGAAUCGUUGAAAAUAUUAAUGAGCAUAAGCAAAAAUUCUUUUUGGGACAUGACAACGAUAUAAUUAGUUCUGCUCUACAUCACGAGCGUGUGAUUAUUGCCACUGGUCAAAUAGGAAAGAAUGCUCAAAUAUGUGUAUGGAAUACAAGUGCAAUGAAACUAGAAUCUCUCUUACAAGGGCACAAGGAUGGUGUCGGUGCCCUGAACUUUCAUCCAGAUGGAGAGAAAAUAGCCAGUGUUGGGAUCGAUUCCGAUAAUGUAAUUAAAAUAUGGAAUUGGAGAAAGGGAAAAAUGCUUGCAACAGUUAUUGGUCAUCAAGAGCGAGUGCUUGAUAUUAUGCAGACUCAAGAUCAAUUGAUUACAUGCGGUGUGAAACAUAUUCGAUUUUGGACAUUGUUAGGAAAUACUUUGCAAUAUAAAGAUGGUUCAUUUGGAAAAUUUGAUGUACAAACGUUACUCUGUAUCGGACAUUUUUCUGUACCUAAAACUUGUUUUACUGGUGCUAUUAAUGGAGAUAUUUAUAUUUGGAAAGAUGGAAAAGUUGACCGAUUUAUAGCGGCUGCUCACAGUUCAUCUAUUUAUUCUAUUGCCAUGACUGCAAAUGGAUUCUUGUCUAGUGGUAAAGAUGGCCUCGUUAAAAUAUGGAAUGAUGAUUUUACACCCGUUGGACCAUCAGUGAAAAUUCCAUGUUUCGUUCAAGAUUCAGAAGAGGCGACCGUGUGUAGUAUUGCCUGUAAUGACAGUUUUGUUAUUGCCGGUACUCGUCAAUCCGAAAUUUACUCUUUUAAUAUUCAAUCAAAUACAGCACCAAAAUUAGUAGUUGCGGGACAUAGUGAUGACGGUUUAUGGGCAUUGGCUUGUCAUCCAAGAGAAAAUGUGUUUGCUACUGGUGGUGAUGAUGGUGCAUUACGAUUUUGGAAUGCUGAUCAAAUGCAUAUCAUAUCAUUUUAUUUUGUUCCAUUUUCACAGUCAUCUGCAACACCUUCAAUACGUUCUUGUGGAUAUUCAUCUAAUGGUAACAAUAUUGCCGUGGGAUUUGACAAUGGUUUAGUUGAAAUAUAUCCGACAUCAGUUACAUCUCAACAAGAUCCACACGUGAAACCUAUACAUAUUAUUCAAGAUCGAACCGAACGUAUUCAAACAGUCAAAUUUUCACCAAAUGAUCAGUAUCUGGCUGUUAGUUGCUCCGACGGAAACAUUGAUAUUUAUGUAGUUAAAGAUAAAUAUAAGAGUUUACAAUUCAAAUAUGACAAUCAUGGUACGGCAAUUUAUAAUAUCGAUUGGACCGAGGAUGAAAAGUACAUACAAGCAGCGGGUGAAAUUAAAGAGCGUUAUGUUUUCGAAAUAUCGUGUAAGUAUAUCAAAGUUACCGAACGAAAUGUUGCUAAUAUAAAAAACUGGCAUACUUAUAAUAGUUUGAAACAAGAUGAUGUAAAAGGAAUUUGGAAUAAAUUUGCUGAAAAAACAGAUAUUGUUACGAUUGAUGCGGAUAUACAUUUAGGAGUUAUUGCGGGAGGCGAUGAGAAUGGUUUAAUAAAAUUAUUUCGUUUUCCAGCUGAACGUCGAGGUAAGUCUGAAUUUUAAAUCCUUAUAAGUAAUAAAGAUAACCCUAGUGAAUGUACUCAAGUGUGAGUACUCAAAGUCGUACUCUGCUGAAAAAUGUCCCGAGUACUCAUGAGUACUUAUGCAUUUUUUUACUCAUUGAGUACUCACAUGAGUACCCAUGAGUGAGUAACGAGUACUGUGAGUACGACUUUGAGUACUCAUGCUUGGGUAUUGUUGAGUACUCAUAUAACUUUUGGCAAAAUACUCAUGAGUAUUGUUGAGCAGGACUACGAUUCUAGUCAUAGACAAGUCCAUCUCUGACUAUAUACAGAGAGACCAGUGAGAAAAUAAUAAUAUAAAUAUUCUAUGUUUCUUCACUAAAUUCUACGUUCUUUAUACUAGGGGUGGAGCGUUACCGUUUCUUUACAGGUAACGCAGUAACGCAUGCGUUAUUGCGUUACUGGUAACGAGUAACGCAUGCGUUACUCGUUACCAGUAACUACUAACGAGAUGCGUUUAUUUUUCAUAGCUUUUGUAACGAGUAACGCAGCGUUAUUUGCGUU